GGGGAUGAUCACUCUGGUUAUGGACAGCCGUGCGAGAGAUGGCAUUCCCGAUAUACCGUGGAAGCGAUCAUAUUGUCGGUGAUGUGUAUGCUAUCGGAUCCCAACACAGAGUCGGUGGCCAAUGACGAAGCGGCGGAAGAAUAUUGCGAAGACUUGGAGGCAUACAAACGCAGGAUUAUAAAGUGUGCGGAAAAGUCGUUUGACGAGUGA